CCCGAACGAAAAUAAAAAAGUUAGCUUAGAUUCAAGUUUCAACGUCGCAGAAUUUCGUUUCUUUAUUCUUUUGAUCGCUUCUUCUCUCUCUGCGAAACUCAACUUUUGCUGUCAUCAGAGUUCACCUAUGUUUAUCAUAACACCAGUUUUACUACUAUUCUCACCACCACCGCAAAUACGUUGACAAUUGAGGUUCUGUUUUCUACUCUUUUUCUCUCCUCAAUUUUCACACGUGUGAAUUCAACUCCAUCAAGCAGAUGAAUCCUAUUUGUUUUGAUGGCAAUAAACAAGACGGUGAAGUGAAAUCUGGCGGAGGAUUUCUUACUUCGGAUGUUUCGGAUAUGGAAGAUGAGUUUGGAGAGCCGGAAGUGGAGCCUCGUGUUGGAGACGAGUUCCAGGCGGAACUUCCUGAGUAUAUUGGGGCACCGUAUCGGUCUCAGAUUGUAAAGAAAACGGGAGAUUCGGAAAUUGCGGACAAUGUGCCGGAGUCUUUUUUGUUUGGACUACCUCUUCCUCUUAUGUGGACACAUUGCGGAUUCGACAGAAGUUGCGGUUUUGAGAGUUUAGAAUAUGUCGGAGGUCGAAAGGGGCAUGUUAUUUGUGAAGGAAAAAAUGUAGGAGGGUUUUCGAAUUUUAAAUCCUCUUGUAGAAAUGAUGCGGAAGAUAUUGGCUCGGAACUGGGAACCGAACUAGAACCGCCAAGAGGCAGAUAUCUUCUUCCUGAAUUGCUGUGUGGUCAGACUUGGACAGAGGUUGAAUAUAACAGUUUUCUUCUUGGCCUCUAUGCAUUUGGGAAGAGCCUUAAUUUUUUGAAGAAAUUCGUUGGGACGAAAAGUAUGGGAGACAUAUUGUUUUUCUAUUACGGUAAAUUUUAUAAGUCUAAAGGAUAUUCCCGAUGGGCACAAUGCCGGAAGUCGAAAACUAGGCGAUGUAUAUUUGGACAGAAAAUAUUCACUGGUUGGAGGCAACAAGAAUUGCUAUCAAGACUGUUUUCCCAUGUCGCAAAGGACUGUCAAACUCAUUUGACUGAGAUUUCAAAGAAUUUUGGGGAGGGAAAGCUUCCAUUUGAAGAAUACGUAUUUGCUCUAAAGAAUGCUGUUGGCAUUGAGGUCCUUAUAGCUGCAGUAGGUAUUGGCAAAGGGAAGCAUGAUCUUACAGGCACCGCUCUAGAGCCACCAAAGAUCAAUCACACCCUUCCUGUCCGCCAUGAAAUGCCAGCCGGAAAAGCUUGCUCCUCUCUUACAUCUGCAGAUAUAAUGAAGAUCCUAAAAGGAGAUUUUAGAUUAAGUAAAGCUCGGUCUAGUGAUCUUUUCUGGGAAGCUGUUUGGCCUCGUCUUUUAGCAAACGGUUGGCAUUCUGAAGAGCCAAAGGAUAAUUUUGUUUCUGUAACAAAACAAACUCUGGUUUUUCUUGUACCCGGUGUUAAGAAGUUUUCAAGAAGGAAACUGGCCAAAGGUAACCAAUACUUUGAUUCUAUAAGUGAUGUACUGAAUAAAGUGGCAUCUGACCCUAGGCUUCUUGAGACUGAAGUUCAAACGAAUGAGGGUAGUUCCGUUAACGAAAACAUCCAAAACAAUGGAAACCAAGAUGGUGUGUCAAAUACACAUCAAUGUCCUUUGUUUCAAUCUCCCAGUUCAAAGUGCAAACCGGAUCUCGUGAAAUUUACAAUUGUAGAUACUAGCAUGGCUCAUGAUACCGAUCAACAUAAAGUGAGACAAAUGAAAAGCUUACCUUUUCAACCUGGGAAUAUAUCUACCAUCUCAAGCUGCAGUUCUAGUGAAUCUGAGACAACUACAUCUGAAGACUCGGAAGAUCAGGUUGAACAAGCUAAUCCUUCACAGCAAGCUGAAGAUCGGGUUGAACAAGCUAAUCCUUCACAGCAAGCUGAAGAUCAGGUCGAACUUGCUAAUUCUACAUACCAUGUUAAAGAUCCGGAUGAGAAAAUCAAUUCUUCGUACCGUAUUGAAGAUCAGGUUAAACUUGCUAAUUCUUUGUACCGCAUUGAAGAUCAGGUUGAACAUGCUAAUUCUUCGUACCGUGUUGAAGAUUAUGUUGAGCACGCUAAUUCUUCGUACCGUGUUGAAGAUCAUGUUGAGCAAGCUAAUGCUUCAAACCCUAUUGAAGGUCAGGUUGAGCAAGCUAAUGCUUCAAACCCUAUUGAAGGUCAGGUUGAGCAAGCUAAUGCUUCAAACCCAAUUGAAGGUCAGGUUGAACAUACCAAUUCUUCAUACCACGUUGAACAUGCUAAUUCCUACAACCAAGUUGAAGAAAUCUCAGAUAAGGGGGCGUGCGAAAACUUAUCAGGUCAUACUCGUAAUUUUGAUCUGAAUCAAGAUGAGCAUACAGAGGAGAUGAGCGAGCAGACAUUGAUUCAAAAGCCGACAUCUGAUGAUUGCAGAAAAUAUUUUCCCUGCACCGAAAAAAUGCAGCAGUUAAGAGCUUGUAACCACGGGGAGUCUAGCCUUAGUGCUAAAAAUACUUCUAUGGACAGAAAUUUUGAUUUAAAUGAGCCAUUCUCACAGUCAGAUCCACUUGAAGCAUCUGAGGGCAUGGAUCUGUCUGUAGGUGUAGAAACUUUGUCUUCCCCAAGUUAUCUGGCUAAAGGCAAUCCUAACAUGAGCAAUGAAGGCAGUGUCACUAUGAAUCCCCAGGUUGGAGAAGUUUCUGCAGAAAAUUCUGAAAACAGGAUGUUGAUUGACUUAAAUUUUCCUCAAGUUGCUCCUGACUUAACACUUGAAACGGAAAUACCGUCCUCUAAGGCGAUACAGCAAAACGAUGACCAACGUGCUCAAACAUUGUCACCAUCAUCAUCUGAGACAACCCAGCACAACGCAAUAAAUGAGAUUCCUGAUUUAAAUAAGGAGCACCAACCGAUCAUUGUCAACCGCCGUCAAAGUACAAGGAACCGGCCGUUAACCACAAAGGCAUUGGAAGCUCUUGAGUACGGAUUUCUCAACUCAAAGAGGAAGAGGAAGAACUCAGAACCUUCAGACAACAAUUCAAAGUCGCAAUGUUUACGUCCAAGUAACGAGACAAUUAUCGGCGCUACUUGUGAUGAUAGCAUUGAGAAUUCUAUUGCUGACACAAGUGCAAAGGAGGAGAAUGUUAUCCGGGAAUAUAAUUUCAUUGUUUAAAAAUAUCCAUAAACAAUUUCCAUACAUGAAAGUCCAAAGCCAUUUAGUCUUUUUUUUUUUCUCAGUAUUUGACUGAUAAGAAUAAUAAAAUAGCAUAAGAUUUGAUUCAAAUGAUUAUAGAUUUGUGGUUUAAAGAUGAA